GCGAGUUAAAACCGGGAUGGAAAUUGAAUAUGAGUCGCUGUCUGAACACAUGCAACCAUUAUUUCUCCAAGCCAGACUCACUUCAACAUGACUCGCUCUCGUCUACAGCAUCCUCCUCUGUGAGGUGGGCUCUUUGAGGCGUUUCUGAGAACACGGUAUCACCUGACUACAUCUACCUGGCAUCGGCUUAUUAAGAACAGACGAUGAUGAUAGAGGAGGAUGAAGCGGAGGCUCAUCAGGUGGAUAUGGAGUCGGAUUUGGUCAGCAGACCUCGCUCGUGCAGCUGGACGAACGACUUCUCGUGUGAGCUGAACGCGGAUCUGUCGCUUAAUCUCUCCAUAUUUAAAGUAGAUUCGGGUCAUGUUCAAUCACCGGCGUGCAGGAGGAGGAUGAUGAUGCUGGAUGCCGGAGGAUUUCGCGACUUAGCGGGAGCUGCGUUACGCAAAACCAAGGCGUCCUCCCGGCGGAACGCGUGGGGAAACCAGUCCUACGCGGAGCUCAUCACCCGAGCCAUCGAGAGCACACCCGAGAAGAGACUAACCCUGUCUCAGAUCUACGACUGGAUGGUCCGAUAUGUGCCCUAUUUUAAAGAUAAAGGAGACAGCAACAGCUCUGCCGGAUGGAAGAACUCAAUCAGACACAAUCUAUCCUUGCACAGUCGUUUUGUGCGCGUCCAGAAUGAAGGAACAGGGAAGAGCUCGUGGUGGAUGCUGAACCCUGAGGGGGGAAAGAGUGGCAAGUCUCCACGCCGGAGAGCCACUUCCAUGGACAACAACAGCAAGUUCACGAAGAGCCGCGGACGAGCAGCCAAGAAAAAGAUGUCGAUGCAGGGUGGACUGGACGGUGGUUCUAACAGUCCUGGUUCUCAGUACCCUAAAUGGCUCGGCAGCCCCAACUCUCACAGCAAUGAUGACUUUGAACCCUGGACCACCUUUCGUACCCGCGCCAGCUCUGAUGCCAGUACGCUAAGCGGCCGUCGCUCACCCUUCCUACCUGAGGAGGACGAGGCGGGUGAGGUUCCCAUCGGGUAUCCAAGCACCAAACUGGGCGGCCCCCUCCCCAGCCUGUCCGAAGUGGCGGGUCACCACGGUUCAGAGAACGUGAUGAUGGACAAUCUCUUAGACAACCUCAACCUCAUCUCGCCCAAAAAUAACACCCAGGGCAGCCAAGAUGCCCAAACUGCGUUGUCUUCGCCCAUGAUGCAGGGUAGCCCUGGGUACCCAUCUUACAACUCCCCCAGUAUGGGUCCCCAGCCACAAGUCCAGCAGGACUACCGGAGGUGCCUGUAUGGACAAGCCAGGGUGGGCGGACAGAGCCCCAUUGCCAUACCGACUUUAUCGGACAGUCAACCAGGAGGCUACGGACCCUUCGUGAGUCAGUACAACUGUGCCGCAGGACUGCUCAAAGAGCUGCUGACCGCAGAGGCCGAUCCAAGAGGAGACAUGAUGCAAACUUUAGAGUCAGUGGGGUCUGGAGAAGGGCGACGGGGGCUACCUAGCUAUGCUAGUCAAGGACAAAUGGGACAGGGGGGCAAAAUGAUCACGCAUCCUCACUUGCAUGGGCAUCCACGCUCGCUUCAUCAAUUGCCAUCACCAGGAAUGGGCAUGAACGGCUGUGGUCUGCUGCCCCACGGGCAUCCUGGUCGCCUCGGUAACAUGAAGCUACAACCACACCUGCCUCAUCAUGCUCAACUGGGAAGAGGCGGAGGCGAAGCCAGGAUGCCAAAUUACACCAAUGGCAACGGUUUCCACAGACACGGACCGGGUCUUCAUCACCAUCACAGCCACCCGGAGCGCCUGCCCAGUGACUUAGAUGACAUGUCGAUCGAGCAGCUGGAGUGUGAUGUAGAAACUGUCCUUCACGACACGCUCAUGGACGGCGAUGCUCUGGACUUCAACUUCGACCCCAUGAACAGUCAACAGAGUUUCCCGCAUGGAGUCAAGACCAAUACGCAUAGCUGGGUAUCGGGAUAAACCCCUUAGCUACUCAAAUACAAAUAGAUUGGUGAGGAAGGCUGUUUUUGAAUUUUUUUGUUUUUCAUAUAAUCAUCAUAACAAGUGUGUGUGAACAUAUAUGUAAAUAUGUCAUAGACAUAUAGCAGGUCAAUCAACAGUUGACUGAAGCAGACUGAAUGCUAUAGGUCAGACCAAAAGGUUGCACAAACAAGAGAGAUUUCAAGCUUACAUUUCCUUCAUGUCUGACUCAAUUAUUAAAAGUCUAAAAUACAAAAAUUACAAGUGAAUACAAAACAAAAGUCAAAUGAAUAAAUAUUUUUUGGCAUCAUUGAAGCCCAUCUCCACACAGUUGCGACUUUUCUUUGCUGUGAUUGUUUCUGUCUUGUAAUUCUUUCUUAUUUUUCUGCAUAUCUCUAUAUACCUUGCAAUUCCAAUUUAGUUUUCUCUUAAUUCUGAGUGUAUCUCUAUCACAAUUUUCUAUAGUUGUGAUUAUAUCUCACAAUUCCGUUUUUUUUUUUACUUUCUCGCCUUUUUUACUGAACUACUUUAUUUCUCAUGGUUUUUACUGAGUGUCUUGCAACUCCAAUUUUUUUUCUCCCAAACCUGAAUUUAUUUCUCGCCAUUGUGACUUUCUUUCUCGUAGUUGUAACUGCAAUAGUUAUUCGUCCGACAUGCAUGCACCACCUCCUUCAUUAUUUCAUGUAGUUGUGACUCUAUUUCUCUCAAUUCUGAAUUUCUAACAAUCGUGACUCGAUUUCUUGUAGUUGUGAGUAUAGAUCUCGCAGUUUAAUCCUCCCGAUUCUGAAUUUAUUUCUCACAAUUGUAACUUUAAGCCUUGAAGUUGUGAUUCCAGUAGAUAGUUAAUUGAAACUGAAAUAUUACCACUGUAUGCAUCACCAUCAACUUUUUUUUUACACUUACUUACUGACAUUUCGUCCGAUUCUGAAUUGUAUUUAUUUCUCACAGUUGCAACUUUAUUUCUCGUAAUUGUAGUUAUUCUCGUAUCUCGUAGAUAUUUCUCUGAACUCUGGCUUUAUCUCUUACCACUGCGACUUUGUAUACUUUUUAUAAAAUCGACAAACUUACUGACAUGACUUUAGUUCCUCAUUGCGGUUCUCUCUCUCUCUCUGAAGUGCGUGCAUGCACCUCAUGAACUGUUUACCUCAGUCAGAACUUCAAGGCCAGUGAACGGUCAUUAUUUACUGAUUUACAGUACAUUGUUCCAGUAGACUCCAUGAUUGUCGGGAAUCAUCAUAAUCUGCUUUUUGCUUGUGGUUAGUCCGAGUGUAAAUAUUGAAACGGGCUAAUCAAAAAUGGUCACGUCAAACACUCACAGACAUUUGAGAUUGUUUUGUAUAUUUUUGCCUAUUUGGUCUUUCAGUUUGGCACUGUAGGUCACUAAAACGAAUUCAGGGCAGAUGUGUGUGUCAUAUAAACUGGAGUGCUGUAUAAUGUCUGGUAUAGUGUACAUUAUGGUUAUCUUUUGUCAUUUCAGGGUGCUGAAUGAAUGUGUUUUGUACAGAGAUGUAUAUUUUUGUUCUUCUGAUGGGAUGGUCAAUGAAAUGUUUAUAUUUGUA